CAUCAAUGACCCCGUUAUUCUGGUAUUCAAUAUGGCGCAGACUGGUGUACUUCCGUUUGUGAGGGGUGUGGAUCUCAGCCGCAAUGAUUUUCGGGGAGAUGUCUUUCCGAAUGCUGUGGCUGACAUGUCUGGCCUUCGCUGGCUACGACUCAACCAGACCAACCUGGAGAUGCUACCAGAUGAACUUUCACAACUCAAUAAACUGGAGCACCUCCACAUGUCGAGGAAUAACCUCAUCCAGAUCCAUGGUGACCUUCCCACAAUGCAGUGCCUGCGCACCUUGAACCUGCGGCACAACAAGAUCCGUAACUCCGGGAUUCCCAACGAUAUCUUCAUCCUGGAAGACAUGACCGUUGUUGAUUUUAGCCACAAUCAGUUAUCGGCUAUACCAGAGGACAUGGAGAAAGCCAAGUCUCUUCUCGUCCUCAACCUCAGCUUCAACAACAUCAAGGAAAUCCCAUCGCAGUUGUUUAUGAACCUCACUGACCUCAUCUACAUCAACUUCAGUGACAACAAACUAGAAAUUCUUCCACCUCAGAUGCGAAGGCUGACCAAUAUACAGACGCUGAUCUUCAACAACAAUCCACUACUCCAUUCACAACUCAGGCAAUUGACGUCUAUGACCCAGCUCCAGACCCUUCAUCUGCGCAACACCCAGCGGAACCUGACCAACAUCCCGCCCCAGCUGGAUGCCCUGGUUAACCUGGCCGAUGUUGACCUCUCAUACAACGAUCUAGAGAGCGUGCCUGAUGCCUUCUAUUCCCUAUCGUCUCUCAAGCGACUCAACCUGAGCAAUAACUGCAUCACACAGCUGUCUGCGAUUGACUCCUGGACGAGACUGGAAACCCUCAAUGUUGCCCGCAACAAGCUGACCUCCCUCCCUCCAACUCUGUGCAAGCUCAUCUCCCUGAAGCGCCUCAUCAUCAGCGGCAACCAGAUAGACUUUGACGGCCUCCCCACAGGCAUCAGCAAGCUGGUCGCCCUGGAGCAGUUCAUCGCUGCGGACAAUCGCCUGGAGUCGGUCCCUGAGGGCAUCUGUCGUUGCCCCAAGAUUAAGAAGCUGAUUCUGACCAAGAAUCGUCUCUAUACUCUCCCUGAGGCGAUACACUUCAUCACAGAUCUUGAAACACUGGAUGUCAGGGACAACCCUGACCUGGUGAUGCCCCCGAAGCCCAUCCCACAGCAGAUAGGAAGCGGAGCAGAGUACUACAACAUCGACUUCUCCUUGAGCCAUCAGCUCAGACUGGUAGGCGUAGUGCCUCCUUCACAGGCAAGCUCACCGAGUGCUAAGGACGCCCUUGCACGCAAGCGUAGACUGAGGGAAAAGAGGAUGCAGAUGCAGACUGCCAAGGCACAAGCAGCAAAGGCAGGACAGGACAAACAGGAUCAGGUGCUCAAGGGUAUGAGUGACCUUGCCAAGGAGAAGAAUGAAGGGCCAGCAGCAGACGAAGAUGAAUCAGAAGUAAAACCCAAGAGCUGGAUCGACGCUCUAGAAAGGCCCCAACUAGACUACGCAGACUUUUUUGCAGCGAAUUGCGGGACUGAACCAGGUCUUCAUAUCUGGCAGAUAGAGAAUUUUAUCCCUAUACAGGUGGAGGAGGCCUUGUAUGGCAAGUUUUACGAGGCUGACUGCUACAUCAUUCUCCAGACAUUCUGGGACAGCUCCCAGAACCUAAACUGGCAGAUCUUCUACUGGAUUGGACAAUCCUCAUCGCUGGACAAGAAGGCAUGCUCGGCGAUGCACGCUGUCAACCUCCGCAACAUGCUGGCGACUAGGACGCGAUCCAUCCGAGAGGAGAUGGGGGAUGAGAGCGACGAGUUCAUGGAGCUCUUCGACCAUGACAUUGCCUACAUAGAGGGCGGUACAGCCAGUGGCUUCUAUUCGGUGGAAGAGAAUACAUACACUGCCAGGAUGUACCGGGCAUCGGGCACACAGAGUCUGCACCUUGAAGCUGUUCCAAUGGAUCAUGAAUCGUUGGACCCUAAGUAUGUGUUUGUGCUGGAUAAUGGGAUGGACAUCUUCAUCUGGUAUGGACAGAAGUCAAAUCCCAUCACAAGGUCGAAGGCCAGGUUGAUGUGUGAGAAGAUCAACAAGAUGGAGCGUAAGAACAAUGCUAAGAUCACCAUGAUGUACCAGGGUAGUGAGGUGGAGGAGUUCUGGGAGCCUAUUGGAGGCUACCGAGAAGACUUUGUACCACAGGACUGGUUGGAAUCCUUCACCCCUGACAAACCAAGGCUCUACAAAGUUGGUCUAGGAACGGGAUACCUAGAACUACCACAAGUGGAACUACCCAAAGGGAAGCCUCACCAAACAGUACUAGAAACCAAGAAUGUGUACAUCUUAGAUUGCAAUGCUGAUGUCUUUAUAUGGAUUGGAAGGAAGUCCAGUCGUCUGUGGCGUGCGGCCGCCCUGAAGCUGUCCCAGGAGCUGUGCUCUAUGCUCAACAGACCUACCAAUGCUACCGUCAUCAGGAUACUAGAAGGAAAUGAGAGUCAAGUGUUCAAGUCUAAGUUCCCUGGUUGGGAUGAUGUAUUAGCUGUGGAUUACACAAAGAGAGCAGAUCAAAUAUACAAGAAACCUGCAAUUCAGAAGGAUUUACAAGACAAGGAAGAGUUGAAGACUGAUCUCUCUGCUCUCUUCAUGCCCCGGCAGCCGUCCAUGGCACUCACAGAAGCUGAUCAGUUGAUGGAGGAGUGGAAUGAUGAUCUAGAUGGUAUGGAGGCAUUUGUCUUGGAGGGACGCAAAUUUGCUAGACUUCCUGAGCACGAGAAAGGCCACUUCUACAGUGGGGACUGCUACGUGUUCCUCUGCCGUUACUGGGUGCCCCGUGACCUCCCGGAGGGUGAGGAGGGGGAGAACGGAGAGGGGGAAGCCGAGGAGGAGGAGGAGAAUGCAGAGGAGGACUUCCAAUGCACUGUCUAUUUCUGGCAGGGGCGUGAUGCCAGUAACAUGGGCUGGCUGACGUUCACCUUCAGUCUUCAGAAGAAGUUUGAAUCGCUGUUUGGUGAUAAGCUAGAGGUGGUUCGACUGUGUCAGCAACAAGAGAAUCUCAAGUUCCUUUCCCACUUCAAGAAGAAGUUCACCAUCUACCGCGGGCGUCGCCCUCUCCCCAAUGCUCCGCCAGAGUCACAGCAGCCCAAGGACUUGAACCCCAAACUCUACCACGUCCGAGCCAAUGGAGGCCCUCUCUGCACCCGCUGCAUACAGGUCCAUCCCACCGCACAGUGGCUCAACCCAGAAUUCUGCUACUUAUUGGAGGUACCGUUUGAUAGUCAGGAUAGUAAAGGUAUCGUCUACACAUGGAUUGGAUCAAGGAGCGAUGCGGACAUGGCCAGGGUAGCAGAGGAGCUCGCAUAUGAGAUGUUCGAUGACAUGUACAGCCAUCAGCUGCUCUCAGAAGGGUCCGAGCCAGAGAACUUCUGGUGGGUAGCUCUGGGCGGUAAGAGAACCUAUGACCAAGAGGCUGACUUCAUGAACAAUGCUAGACUCUUCAGAUGCUCCAAUGAGAAGGGCUUCUUCACCGUGUCGGAGAAGUGCUCCGACUUUUGCCAAGAUGAUCUUGCUGAUGACGAUGUGAUGAUCUUGGAUACCGGACAUGAAGUCUACCUAUGGAUAGGACCAAGCUGCAGUGAUGUGGAGAAGAAGCUUGCCUACAAGAGCUCACAGGUAUACGUCCAGCAUAUGAAGAACAAGGAGCCAGACGCCCCUCGUAAGUUCUCUGCCGUCAAGAAGGGCAAAGAGCCCUGGAAGUUCAUCCGCUGCUUCCACGGAUGGGGUCUCUUCAAGCCUGGUGCAAAGUACUAGAGAAUGGCUUUAGAGUAAUAGCAGCGAAAGAAGGACAACCAAAGAUAUAAGUGUGGUAAUAACAUGCCCUUUUUUCACUCAGUUCCGUCAUCAGCUCCCCUUCUGUCUCUCGACAGAACUAUCUGGAAGACCAUCAUCGACCAUCUUCACAGAUGAGCAUAAAUAAAUCAUUUUGUUCUUAUCAGGGGAAAAAUAUCUGGGCCUCCUUUCUUCUUCUUGUAAUGGUCAAAGGCCAAUGCAGCCUUUUACUAAGCGGAUGAAGAGCCUGAUGCCCCUCGAAGAUGAUAAUCCUGGAUCUGCCUCUCCAGUGGAUCUCAAUCUGGCCAUUCUCAUGAUUAGAAUUUUGCCAGUUGAUAAGAAGUGUGCAGGAUAAUCUCAUUUGUGUAAUUCCCAACAUUGAUUUUUGAGACAUAGACAUUAUCUAUUACACAGCAUUGUGUGCUUUGCAGUUUGGACAUCACAAGCUUUUUUAAUAUGCUAUUUUCUAGGAACAGUACAUAUUUCCUGAUCUAGCUUCUUUUAAAGUAAUAUUUAUUUCUUCAAUUGUCAAGGAAGGAUGUGUGAUUGACAUUUUGAAAAACAAAAAAGAUUCUGCGACUUUCUCGGUGCUUGAAUUUUGUAUAGUGAAUUGAGAAUUUGGAAGUCUGUAGGUGCAAUAAUAUAGUGUAGUUUUCUUGCAUGGCAAAUUGAUGAUGUUGUAAAAAUAGAAAAUGUAGUAUAUUACGCGAUUGUGACUAUUCUUUGUGAUUGCAGUGAGAAAACUUCACAAAAUUGUUCAAUAUUUGUAUAACAAAAUGGAAAGGGGAAUAAGCAGUAAUAGAAAUUGAAUAAUUAAAGAGUAAUUACAAAAAAUUAUAGAGUUGAAUGUAAAUACAUGUAGCAAUUAUAUAAGCUCUAGACAACCAAAAUUGUCACCUUUUAUUUUGAACUGUAUUCCUAUGUUUUCUUAUAAUUUUGUAAUUCGCAAGAGGUAACAUAUUAUUUUAGACUCAAACAGUUUUUAAAUUUUGUUUUAAAAAAUGGUAUUCAUGCCUAUCUAUCUACCUUUUCCCAUUAUUUAGGCCAUUUUUGAAAGGGUGAUAAUGAUGAAGCUAAAACUCUUCUUUUAUUUGAUAUAUAAUUAUUUAUUGAGAGAGCAACUCGCAUUUUGUACUAUUAAAGGGCUUUGUGUAUGUUAUUGCAUUUUUUUUUUAUAACAGGCCUUGAGAAAAGUGCUGUGGAAUUCAGAUUGAGUCUGGAUCAAGUUUAGAGCGCUUUCUUGCUCUGUAGUUGUAUAAGGUGUACAAAAAGAAUGUAGGUGUACAAAGAAGAAUGUAGGUUCACCCACUUACAAUUUGACAUUUAGAAAAAUGUUCUUGUUAUCUUAUUUUUGUGUUUUAUUCCUUUUUUUUAAAUCUUGCUACCUUAUGUUAUGACUUGAAAGUGGAUGCUGAGCAUUCUUGCAUAUAAUUUAUGUCUUUAAAAGCUUGAUAAUUAUGAUGCUAAACUAUCCUUGGUCUUAACAUCUUCCAGUACCUGUUAGCCAAAUUAUAUUCUUAUUUCUAAGGGUAUAGAUUUUUGUUGUUUGUUAUUUAUUGAAGAUGUCAGAUAUAAUGUACAUAAUCAUUGGUUGUUUAUUAGUGGAUAUAAUGAAUGAUGCUAUUAAGAUAAAUGAACUAUAUUGAAAUUCUAGUGGCAUCCAAAAUGCUUUCAUAUUUGAUUUCAAUAUUGAAAAUUGUGGGAAGACCAAGCUUUGGGAAUUAUAUCGGGACAGUAAUUAGUCCCUUUCCGAGACUUUUCUUUUUCAAAGUAGAUGAUGCAAGCAAGUGCCAAAGCUUGAUAUUCAUGAACAAACAAGUCUUCUACACCUAAAAAUGCACUUGACAAAAGUACUUUCUUUUUAACAGUAAAAGGCAUGUUUGAUUGUGUUUUAUACUUUUUGUGAUGGAUUAUUAUGAAUGAGAUCAUAGAGUGAUUAUAUUGACAUUAAGGCUAUGCUCUGUUACAAGUUUUCUUCCCCUUGGUUAUACAACAUGCUAUAUUUACAGUUAUUUGAAAAUCGCAAUAAAUUCCACAGUGUGGAUUUUGAUUUCUA